AUGGCGCGACCCAAAUCGAAUUUCCAGGCAAAAGCAAGUGGCACGCCUCAAGCAAAGCCGACUGCUGGGUCAAAGAGAAAAGAGCCGCCAACUGCCGCAAGGCCACGACUAGACAAGAAGUCAAAAGCGGUCAAGGAUACAACCGGCAGGCGGAAGAAUUUCAAUGUACCUGUCGAACUCCCCGACCUCAAACAUCUUGGUCUAGAAAUUCCUGGUCUCACUCUCGACUUGGAAGACCUGGGCAUCACGAUUGAUCACACUACCGUGAACACGACUCGGUUCUUAAAGCUAGUUCAGGACACUGGUCUGACCGUCAAUACAAUUCGCAAGUACACACCACCCACCAGUGAGGCACGCCAUGUGCUGGAACUACCACUCUAUGAUGCGGACAUGCGGUUGUACCAACUUGAUACGGAAUCUGUCGCUCUUGUCGAUUGCACGCAGCCCGAUGGUACGACUGCUCGAUGCUGGCAAAUGACCGCCACGAACAUUCAUGGCGCAGAACCGAACAAGCCGAUCGAGUUGUAUCAAAUCCACAUCAGGAACAUCAAAAUCUUUCGAAACUCGAGACCAGUCGUAACAACCUGCCCCAAUUGCACAAAAGACGGCUUGCAAGCUACUUGCGACAGGAUGCAUCCCUGCGGCACCUGUGUCGAUGCCGGCAGGGGCGACAAAUGCAAGAAAGAGAUGGACAAGCGCAUUGCGAAGCAAACAAAGGGUAAUUUGGCCAGAAAGGUAGCCUACGCCAAAAAGCAUGCGAACCUGCCGAGGUGGAACAUGCUCACCGACAGCGUAUGCAAAGAUCGUGACCAGAUUUUGAAACUCGGGGAGAUCACGGUCAACAUUAUGAACAGGGUCCCCAUGGACCUCGAAAUCGAUCAGUGGUACGCAAACCAAGGAGCUCCACUUGCAAGGAGCUUCAUCAUCGUCACGAGCUGGCACCUAUUUGGUGCUGAGCCAGUGGAAGGAGCACCGGAUGAGCUUCGAACCAUGCGAUAUGUGAAACUUAAGAACGAGGAAGAGCGGGUAAGCAUCAAAGCUAUGCAGAUUUUACUUCACGACAUGGUUGGAAUGGUUGGCAGCAGUAGAGCGCUGGCCAACUACUUCCAGAACAGGAGCAGAAGUCUGCUGAAGUCUUCUAAAGGAAUCAGCGACGUAGUACGCAAGAGAACCGUGGCGAGGGGCACGUACGAAGGACCAUACGAUGGAAAGCAAAUACUCAGCCUGCGGAAACGUGGCAGUCGGUUCGAGUUUUUCAUCUGCAAAGCCGCUCUGGUUGAUCUGGAUCUCGAUGGAUUUGGACCGGACUUCAAGGACUCUUCAGGCGAAUGGAAUUUCACCAUGCUGGGGGUUAAGUUUGGCGCAACGACCCUUGUACAUGAUCAGGUUUGUCAUGCAUGGGUGUUUGAAGAAUGCCUACGUGCACUGGCCAGAGGUGAGACACUCCUUAACACUCUACUUCUGGUACAUGUUGCCAUCGACAGAAUCGAGCUCGGUCUUCUUACAAGGAAGCAAAUUCUCGCCAAUUACUGUAUGUGCGAGUCUCCGGACGCUCAGCAAUGCACAGAGCAUGUCUGCAUCGUUUGCAAAGCCAAUUGGACCUGCGCGGACAUGGUGCGGCGAAUUGAUCAAGACGGUUUGCUUGUUACGUGCGCUGGAUGUGCCGGAGUCAAUGCGGGCGAGCUCAAAAAAUCUCAUGCCAGCCUCGAUCUACUUGCACAGCUCAAAGUCAACGUCACUACGCUUUACAGAAAUGAAAGGCGUUUCCUGGGAUCUGCGCCAAUUUGGACAAUUGAAGAGUUGUCCAAUGUUCUUCGCAACAAUCACUCAACGGAUGACCCGUACUCGUGGACCAGAGGUUACGCACCGAGCCAUAACGUGUCGCUGAAGGUUAGAUCAGGUCUGCUUUUGGGAACAAACAGAUCUGCUUGGCUGGGCUCCGAGCCUUACUCUCUGAGCAUCGAGAAGCCACAUGGGCGAUGGCUUCGCUCAGACCUCAAAGUCUCGCUGCACGAUGUUGAAAAUAUCACGCUGGAGCUGUUUUCGAUUAACCUUCUGAAGUCGAAAGACCCCGUGUCGUCACUACCACUGUACAAAGAGGCACUAGAACUCUCUGAGCGUGUAGCUGGGCGACCGCCCUGCGUGGGGUACUACCCUGAAGUUCGCAAAACAUGGGCGAUAAUUGAGCGUGCAUACGACAAUCAGCGGUUUAUCACCCUAUUUGUACCUCAGCGAAACAAAGAUCGUGUUUUGGACCAGACGCCGGAUGUCAUACGACGUGCUAUAGAGAUGGAAAGAUCCGGCGUUUGGGAUGGAACUCUCCCAGAUUCUUUCUCGACGAGAGCGCUCAAAAGGAUCUUCAGCACGCGAGCAGACAACCCUAAAUUCCUGAAGAAUACGGAUGGCACCCACAAGUUUGCCAUGAACGAUGAGUACUGGGAUUGGAUCUUGAUACAAAGGCUUAUCAACGAACUCGAGAACGACCGCAGUCAAGGCGGCUUCAACCAACAUGGCCUGAAGUUCCCUCGGCUUGGUAAAAACAAGCUUCCGUGGUUCUGGCGUAUAGAUCAUUGCCCAAACGAUAUCGAUGAAGCAUGGUUCUUCAGAGAAUUCAGCAGUCGGCUGCACACCAUGUCGACGCUCUGUGAUUCACAUCAUGCCACAGAAGAGUCGCCCGCUACAUUAUUGUUGGAGUGUGCUGUUCAAUUUCUCGAGAAUGGCGGUAAGGAUCAUCUGUUCGGUUUUGUCAUGACCCCAUGUCGUGGACACACUUCCACAUACUCGUUCGGGCGCGGUGUUACGCGGAAGUUAAAUGACGGGGGAGACAAGACCAUCCACCCUGGAGAUCAUUUGAAGACAGGAUGCAAGGUCCUACUACCGACGAGCAUGAAGAAGGACUAUGAUAUAACGCGGCGCACAUUGAUCAUAGAAUGCUGGCCAACGAACCGGUUCCGCUACCGAUUCGGUGGCGGACCUGCUCUCAUCCCAGUACUGAAGAAAGCAGUGUCCAGCAUCGAGCCUACCAAAUGGUACAAGCAAAUGAAGUCAAGUAUUGAAGAUUAUAUGGCAGUACCUCUGCCCGACUCGUACAAGAGAAGGGAUGCAUGGGCGGCUAGGAUUAGAUCACUGGAUCCAAGACGCACCACGCAACAGCCAGACGACGGAGAUGCGACUGAUGACGAAGACGCCUUCUUUUUAGACGACGAACAGCUCUUCUUAGCAGAGCAGCUAGCGGGGCUAUCCGCCAUGAAGACUGCGGCACCGGAGGACCCCGUCGAAUGCCAUGAGUGCGGCGAAAUAGGAGACAAGAGCACACUUUUGGCGUGCACAACAAAAGGUCAUACGGAGAGGUUGACGCAUUAUCACUGUCUCGGUCUAGAUCGCAUGCCUACAGAUACCGUGGCUUGGCCAUGCAAGGAAUGUGAAGGCGAGUCGAGGCCGUCUCACAUGUUCUUGAAUCUGAAGAAUAUUGGGAAUACGUGCUGGAUGUCGUCCUCGAUCCAAUGCGUUUACGCAAUCGACUCUAUGCGUAACCUGAUCAUGGAUGCAAGCAAGGAGCUAGGAAAAGGCCAUGGCGAUUCUGGCCGCGACACGCGCGCUUGGUUGCCUUCCAUUCCACAGAGCCGAGGAGCGGACAUUGCAAGCAUUUCAUCGUCGCAUAUGCAGAAUGUGCAAGAAUUCUUGUCCAAACUUCGAGCACUUUUCUCAAAGCUAGGUGAUGCAUCGCAGGCAAUGAGGACAGACGAUAUCCGGCGCUUCUUUAAUGCCCUCUCCUCACUGCACCCAUCAGAAUGGGUACUUGGUCAGCAGAAUGACUCUGCUGAGCUCAUGAGUUUUGUGAUCAUGUGUCUAGUUAUGAUUACAGACGCAUCAGAUAUCACUUACCGACAACUCAGUGAUGAGAGCAAGAAGAAAGAGAUACGAGAGCGAGGUCUUCUCUGUGAGCUUGAUGGAAAAUACUUCGAUGACCGCGUCAAGGUCAGUUGCUGUGGUUUCAAUUAUUGCCGCAGAUGUCUUGAGCACUACCUCGAUGAACACGACCAAAAGUGCCCAAAUUCCGACUGCACUGGAUCGUCGUCUACUGCUCAGUCGAUCUCACAUCUGUCGUCAGAUGCCAUUGCAUGCGCCGCCAAGCUUCCAGGCCUAGCAGAGGCUGCCGUAUCUGAACACAUAGAUUUCAUGCGACAAGGCUAUGAAUCCGAAGUGCACAAUGCCUUCUGCCUCCAAUCAGUCAUGGAGAGUCAGUGCCAAGAACCUGGCUGUGCUCUGAUAUCUAGGAUGUUCACUUGUGAUCACCAAAUGCUGCUCGACUUCCAAGAUCCAAAUUCAGACCUGAAUUCGUUGUCUGGAAUGAUGAAGAAUUGGCUCAAGACCGAAGUCGAUUCUAGCAUCCACUGCGUGUCUGGUUGUCGCGCCCAUGCAGGCUCUCGUGUCCAGCACAGGCGAAUCACCCUCUGUUCAGAAUAUAUAUUCAUACGCUUUCAACGGGGCGGGAUCAGUGAUCGGGUGUUAUGCGGUGUCGAUGUCCCUACAUUCCUAGACAUGUCGUCUAUCGCCGAUCUUGCAGGGCUCCCAUCUGACCCUGGCCAACCACUCUUCGCCGUGAACAUAUUCUAUCCUCAGGGAAGGGGUGGACACUAUGUCACUUACAUCCGGAAGAACGACGUUUGGCGGUCAUUCGAUGACCUAGGUCCAGACAUUGCCACUGCAGAACAUCCACAAGUCGCUAUAAACAAAGGAGGUGUGGUUUAUUACGUCCUAUACCAACGACUUCCUCAACUCAUGCUACCGGUUGACGACAAGAAUCAGCAGACGAGUGGGCAUGUGCUUCGGAAGGGCGCUCAUGUGCCGUCUGAAAUCGAGCCAUCUGUAUUCUGGCAGGACGUGUGCACUUGUGAAGGCUGCGACGACACCUUUGGGAGCGAGACCACACUCCUAACACAUCAAGUGGCCUGCAUGAAAUAUCAGAUAAGGAUCGCUGUUGUAGCUGAGCGCGAGAAGAUGGAAAUGAAGUUUCGUGACGAGGCGGUGCAGGAGGAGAAGCGCUUGAAAUUGUCACUGAUUGAAACGAUGAGAGUGGUGAUGGAUGCGGAAGACAAGAAGGCUGCGCUUCAGACGGAAAUGGACAACUUGGUCAAACGAGUCAACGAGAUUGACGCUGAGAUGUACAUGGUAGACAUGUAG